AUGCCUGCAGCGCCGAGUCUCAGUAGAUACAGGCCAUUCAUCUGCGCCGAAUGCCGAACCGCAAGUCGACCGGCCAUCCCCUCCCAGCACCGCGGUUUCGCAAGCUCUCGCCGACACAAGAAUCCGCCCUCGAACAAGACCAAGUACCUCCAACUUACCAAUCGAGCUCUCAUUCGGCUCGCAGGCCCUGACGCCGCACUAUUCCUCCAUAAUAUCAUCCCGGCCAAAAUAUUGGACACCGGAAGCACAAGACCGAUCUAUACCGCCUUCCUGUCCGCCCAUGGACGCAUCCUGAACGACGUAUUUGUGUAUCCUCCGGGCGGGACAGGAAAUCUUGAAGAGUGGUUUCUAGAGGUGGACAGUGAAAGUGCAGGCGACCUCCUAAACCAUUUGCGAAAGCACAAACUGCGGUCCAAAUUCCAGCUCGCGAAGUUGGACCCUGGCCAGAUAGGCGUAUUCUUCGCAUGGCCGGGCUGUGUCGACGAUCUCGAAGUGGAUGGGCGCUUGAACGAAGCGGGCCGGACUGGAGGCAAAGACCCUAGACCUGGGAUGGGUACGAGGUGGCUGGACCAGAUGAAAUCCAAGGCAGACUUUUUAAACCACCUCGAAGACCAUGGGUUCGCCCACGCCUCGCUUGACGAAUACACAGUGCACCGGAUGACAAACGGUUUCGCAGAGGGACAAUCGGAGAUCAUCACCGCAAGUGCUCUCCCACAGGAGAGCAACAUCGACUUCUUCGGCGGGAUUGAUUUCUUCAAGGGCUGCUACCUCGGGCAGGAACUAACCAUCCGAACACAUCACACCGGCGUGGUGAGGAAGAGGAUUUUACCUGUGCAGCUUUACAGUGCCGGAAAUAAACCUGCAGAUUCCCAGCAGCUCCCAGAAUACAGUCCCGACCAGGCUCUACCCUCGCCACCAUCGCAAUCCAACAUAUCCAAACAGAAUGCACGUGGCCGCGGUCGGAGCAGCGGCAAGUAUCUAUCGGGGAUCGGCAAUAUUGGCCUAGCCCUGUGUCGUCUAGAGAUGAUGACUGAUAUCCAGCUGACGGCGGACAGGACGAACUUCGACCCCAACGAGGAAUAUAAAGUGCAGUGGGAAAUUGAAGGGCAAGAUGGAGAGCAACAGCAGCAAGUCAUGUUGCAACCUUUCGUGCCCAAGUGGCUGAGAGAUGGUGUUCAGCAGAGCCUACAUAGGAAGGAGAAGAGGGCAAAACCAAAGCCUCGGCAAGAAGAUGAGGAGUAUGACGAGGUAGACUAA